AUGGGAGUGACUAUUAUGCCCUGCAAAGCUGUAAAGUACAUGGGAGUGUGGUUGAACAGUAGUCUGCGUAUGACCACCCACGUCCGCAGAAUAGUGGAAAAGACCACACGUGCAACCAACACCCUGUCGCGGCUUAUGCCCAAUGUUGGCGGAUCUAGGACUAUGAAGAGGAGGACGAUGGCACCGGCCGUGACUUCCAUGAUAUUGUAUGCCGCUCCAAUUUGGAGAAGAGCUAUACAAUAUCAACACUAUCAAAAUAUGCUGCAAUCUAUGAUUAGGAGAUUGGCCUUACGUAUUACGAGCACCUACCGCACUGCGCCGACAACGGCAGUACUGGCAUUGGCUGGUGUCAUGCCUAUUGUACACCAGGUACUUUGCCUUGAAGUAAUGCCCGGGCGGUUCCGAGACGGAGAUUGA